UCGAUUUUGUCAUUAUGUGAUGGAUCAUCAUUUGGCAUUAAUGAUGAAACAAGAUGGCAGCCAAGUCAACUCCUUGUUUGGAGACACCAUGACGUCAGAGGACCUCAAAAACAUCCUGGAUGAUCUGGAUGAUGAGGAGCUGCGUACAUUCCUGUGGUUCCUGCAGCAGCCCAACCUUGUUCAAGGUCUCCCAGCCAUCACAAAGUGUCAACUCCAGACAUCAGACAGGUGUAAAACUGUGACUGUGAUGGUACAGACUUAUGGAUUUCAAAAAGCUGUGCAGAUGACCAGGGUGGUUUUACAGAAGAUCUCCAGGAAUGAUCUGCUGGUGAAGAUUCCUGCCAGCAGCUCAGGACCAGAAGUGCAUGUCAGUGAUGUUGGAGAACCCUCAGAGAACAGAGAACCUUCCUCCUCUCAGACUCAGCCUCCUCUUCCUCAGACUGAAGGGGCAGUGCAACGUUAUGGAAGCAUCGUGGAUGUUGACACUACUGGAGCUUCAAGGGAAACAGCUCAGCAGGACCGACUGGACUGCUUAGGUGUGGAUGCCUCAGAAAAGAUGGCAGAGACGGAUGCUGAGAGAAUGGAGAAAUACAGAUCAAUAAUCAAUGCAGUGGGAAGAAAAUAUGACAUAGAACCAGCUCUCAUUGCUGCCAUCAUCUCCAGACAGUCCAGGGCUGGAAACGUGCUUAAUAACGGCUGGGGAGCAUAUAAAACCUGGGGACUGAUGCAGGUUGACACCAAUCCAAAUGGAGGUGGACACAAAGCUAAAGGCGCCUGGGACAGCGAGGAACAUCUCUGUCAAGGCACCGAGAUCCUGAUUGAUUUUCUCAUGCGGAUCCGCAACGAAUUUCGCAGCUGGACACGUGAGCAGCAGCUGAAAGUUCUUAUUUGUCUCUCCAGGGGGGAUAGCAGCCUACAUAACCGGAAAUGUAAAGUUCGAGUGCUAUAAGAAGGUGGAUGAGGGAACCCCAGGCAAAGACUUUUCCAAUGACGUUGUUGCCAGAGCUCAGUGGUACAAAAAUAAUGGCUUUUAACAGCUGAAACUGUCAAACAUGUCUGAGAAAUCAUGAAAGAAACACCUAUGUAAUGUGUCAACCUGAAUUAACAUAAUGCAAUUCACAAA